AUGGAGAAUCUGUCCCGGGACAUUCUGCUGGAGUGCCAGAUUUGUUUCAAUUACUACAACCCACGGAGGAGACCCAAAUUACUGGGCUGUAAUCAUACUUGUUGCUCUGUUUGCCUUCAGAAGAUGAGGACCAGCCAGAGAGAUCUGAAGUGUCCAUGGUGCCGAAGUAUCACUAGACUCCCACCUGGGUACUCUGUCUCCCAAUUGCCUGAUGAUCCAGAGGUCACUGCCGUGAUUGCAAUACCCCACAUUUCAGAGCAUUCUCCAGUCUUCAUCAAGCUUCCUAGCAACGAGAGUUACAUGUUGCCUUUGCCCACCUCCAAUGAGAGCUCUCUAUUGCCUGGAGACAUUGACUGUCCUCACUUGCCAAGCAGCCAACAGAGGUCUCUCACGAUGGUCACAACCCCAGCCGAACAACAACCAUUGCAGGCUGGGAUACCGCAGGUUACGGGAGAAGAGGAACAUUGGGGCAUUGUGAAAAGCUCCACCUGUUCAGUGGUUUUCGCUGUCAUCCUGGUGGCCUGUGUCAUAGUUUAUCUUCAAGGUAUUGUCCUCCACAACAUUUCAUGUAUCUCCAAAUGUUUCACUGUCAUCUCCUGCAGCUGA